UAUAACCUGGAAACAGAAAAGGAUCCUGUAGUUAUUGUUAUUUCCACUACCGGUACUGGAGACCCACCAGACACUGCCCGCAAGUUUGUAAAGAAAAUUCAAGACACAACCUUGCCACCUCAUCAUUUUGCACAUCUCCAGUAUGGAUUGCUAGGUCUGGGUGAUUCAGAGUACACAUUCUUUUGUAACGGUGGAAAGACAGUAGACCGAAGACUUCAAGAACUUGGUGCCCAGCACUUCUAUGACACAGGAUUAGCAGAUGAUUGUGUAGGUCUGGAACUAGUGGUUGAUCCUUGGAUUGAUGGACUUUGGCUUGCCCUCAAGGAAGCAUUUCUAUUGCAGAAAGAAAAAGAGGGCAUGAGCAGCGAUGCUGUUUCUAGCUCUCUCUCUGCAGCCCCACGUGUUGGAUAUGAACUAAACUUAAGCUCAGAAGUACAGAACUUGAAGCUAGAAGAUGGAAGAGUGAGGAGUUCUGAUGUUCUGACACAGAAACUGAUUGACAUCCAUCUUGUGGCUUCAGCUGGAGACACCGAACCUUCACUUGUUCAUUCUGUCCCUCCUGUCUCUCAGUCUGCUCUUAAUAUUCCUGCCUUGCCACCAGAAUACAUAGAGGUGCAGUUUCAGGACACCCAUGGUGAGAAUCCACAUCUGUCCUCACUGAUUUCAGAGGGACAAGCCUUUGAAGUGCCAGUUACAAAAGCAGUUCAGCUCACUAGAGAAGAUGCGAUAAAAACCACAUUGCUCUUAGAACUUGAUAUUGCAGAUACAGUCUUUGACUACCAACCUGGAGAUGCCUUUUGUGUCCUAUGUCCCAACAAUGUCAAUGAGGUGGAAGAACUUCUUCACAUAUUGGGACUUUCUGAAAAAGGAGAGUACUUCGUUUGUGUAAAGGUUAAGCAGGGCACGAAAAAGAAAGGAGCAGCUCAUCCACAACACAUCCCUGAAAGAAGCACUCUGAAAUUCAUUCUAACCUGGUGUCUGGAAAUAAGAGCAAUUCCCAAAAAGGCAUUUUUGCGAGCUCUUGUAGAAUGUACCAGUGAUGCAGUAGAAAAACGGAGACUUCAAGAGCUUUGCAGCAGACAAGGAGCCUCUGAUUACACAUGCUUUAUUAGAGAUUCUAAUGUUUGCUUGCUGGAUUUACUUCAUGCUUUUCCAAGCUGCAAGCCUUCACUUAACCUGUUAAUUGAACAUCUUCCUAAAUUACAAGCCAGAUCCUAUUCAGCAUCAAGUUCAAACUUAUAUCAGCCAGGAAAAUUGUGGUUUGUAUUUAACAUUGUGGAGUUCCCUGCCUGUCCCGCUAGACCAGUCUCACGGAAAGGAGUAUGUACAGGAUGGCUUGCUGAGUUAGUUGCACCUCUACUGCACCCCAAUAAAAAUACUCUGGAUACAAAAGGAGGAUGCUCUUCAACUGAAAAGAUAUCUAUUUUUGCUCGUCCAAACAAUACUUUCCACUUACCUGCAGACCCAUCUGUCCCGUUCAUGAUGGUUGGUCCAGGAACAGGAAUUUCACCAUUUAUUGGUUUCCUACAACAUAGGCAGAAGCUCAGAGAAGAACAUACAGACUGGGAAUUUGGAGAGACAUGGCUGUUUUUUGGUUGUCGGCAUCAGGAUCGAGACUAUUUGUUCAAAGAUGAGCUCAAAUGUUUUCUUGAAAAUGGCACGUUAACUUAUCUUAAGGUUUGUUUCUCAAGAGACUCUUCAACUGCAGAAGUAGCCCCGCCUAAAUAUGUGCAAGAUGUCAUUAGGCUUUAUGCUAAGGAAGUUGCCAGAGUCCUGCUGAAAGAGAGAGGUUACUUCUAUGUAUGUGGAGAUAAGAAGCAUAUGGCUGAUGGUGUAAGUGAUGCUAUAGUGGACAUUUUAAGCAUGGAAAUGGAAGUUGACAAAUUGGAAGCAAUGAAAAUCCUGGCCAUGCUUCGAGAAGCAAAACGAUAUUUGCAGGAUGUUUGGAGCUAA